AUGUCCUCUCCGACAUCAUCGCCAAAUGCGCUGUCUACAAACAAUCUUUCGGUUCUACCACCCAUUCUCACCGAUGGGACGGUGAAGCGGUCAUCCACACUCCCAAAGGAUCGGCUAUCUACAUAUUCGAAUGUCUCGUUCGUAUCACAAAAUCGCUCCCGCCCAGGCUCCCAUGUCUUUCCGAUCUUCCAUACCAGCCUUCCCUAUGCCCUAGUUCGAGAUUUCGCCUACCCGUCCAGCCAACCACUCCAUUAUGGACCUCCUCCCCCGCGAGCAUCCGGGGUCUCCACACCGGCAAGCGAGCAUCGGCGCCUCUCCGACCCCCCGCCAUCGUGGGAUACAAUGCGGGGAUGGUCAACAGGGCACUCGGGUGCGGAGUCUCAUACUGGCUUUGUUCCCCAACAGUUGCCAGCCAUGUCCUUUGGGGAUGGGCCACCAUAUAGCGAGGAUGAAGAUUUGCAUAGCCCGGUCGUGACGUCGCGUCAUCGCAAGAAGACUUCCGAGCAUAACGGUCAUGUUGACGAGAGGGUUAUGCAUGGAACUGGCCAGGCAGGGAACAAUGAUCGCGGAACGCUCGUUGGCAUUAACCCUGAUGGCAGUGAGACUUACUACGUGAAUGAUGGAGAUUCAUCAGAAGAUGGACCCGGUGGGGAGUACGUGACAUAUCCGCCAAAUGAAGGACGGUAUUCAAUCAUGGGAUAUAACGCUCCUCACCAAGGCUAUGAGCAUGACCCGGGCUUUGAGUCUGAAGAUGAAAUUCCUGGUGAGAACCGGUACUCGAGAGACUAUCAAUUCGCCGUUGGCUGCCCGGAUGAAGAGAUGCAUGGAAAGGCCGUUGCUCUCUUCGACUUCACGAGAGAACAUGAGAACGAACUUCCUCUUACCGAAGGCCAAGUGAUUUAUGUUUCGUACCGACAUGGCCAGGGUUGGCUGGUUGCCGAGGAUCCUAAGACAGGCGAAAAUGGUCUCGUUCCGGAGGAUUUUGUGCGUCUUUUGCGAGAAAUCGAAGGGGGUCUAACGUCGCUGAACGGGGACCCAACCCUAGACGUAACCGGAACCGUCGACACCAGUCAAGACACUGAUCACUUAUCUACUCCCACCCAGACUGAGCUGCCACCAUUUGACGUGAACACUCACUCUGGAACGAAGGCCACCAGCGACAAUGCCCCAGCUGCGACCUCGACUGAAAACACAGGUGCAUCUCAAGAGUCGAACACUGCCGAGGGCUCCGGGAAGCGCUCAAGUACACUGAAGAAGCCGUGA